AUGCAGCAGGAACAUCAUAAGGCCUAUGGAUCGUCUGCCCCAAAAGGCCAUCAAGUAGUCACAGCAAUAGAGUAUCAAGAGGUUAUAUUAGCCUGCAAAUAUGCAAAGAAGACCAUGUCCUCCAGGUUAGAGUGGAAGAAACUGGGUCGGAGUGUCUCCUUUGUCUACUACCAACAGUCUCUUCAAGGUGAUUUUAAAUAUCGAGCCGAGAUGAUAGAUUUCAGUAUACGGAUCAAAAAUGUUACAAGAAAUGAUGCUGGGAAAUAUCGUUGUGAAAUUAGUGCCCCAUCUAAGAAAGGCCAAAACCUGGAAGAAGAUACGGUUACUCUGGAAGUACUAGUGGCUCCAGCAGUUCCGUCGUGUAACGUCCCCAGCUCUGCUCUGAGUGGAACUGUGGUAGAGCUGCGAUGUCACGACAAAGAAGGGAAUCCAGCUCCUGAGUACACGUGGUUUAAAGAUGGCGUCAAUUUGUUAGAGAAUCCAAGACGUGGCCCCCAAAGCAGCAACAGCUCAUAUACAAUGAAUACAAAAUCUGGGACUCUGCAAUUUAACACUGUUUCAAAACUAGACAGUGGAGAAUAUUUCUGUGAAGCCCAUAAUUCCGUGGGACGUCGCAGGUGUCACGCGAAGCGAAUGCAAGUAGACGAUCUCAACAUACGUGGCAUCAUAGCAGCUGUAGUAGGUGUGGCCUUUGUGAUUUCUGUUUGUGGCCUUGGUGUGUGCUAUGCUCAGAGGAAAGGCUACUUUUCAAAAGAGACCUCGUUCCAGAGAAGUAAUUCUGCAUCUAAAGCCACCACAAUGAGUGAAAAUGAUUUCAAGCAUACAAAAUCUUUUAUAAUUUAA